CAAGGGCCUGGUAAAAUGAUCCAAACUAUUGAUCCAAGUCCAAGUGGCUGCAGUGUAAACAAUGGCCAUUUAAUUGGCAAUGAUGCUCUAACGAUGUUGUUGUUGGCCCUACCCUCUCAUAUGUGGUCUGGAAUUAAGGAACCAAACCUAUCUGCAGAGUUUAACAGCCUUGUAUCAAUUGGGAGUGUUCCUCACAUACUCAAGAAAGAGGUGCUGAGCUUGCGUCAACAGCUCGAGUUUCUUAUGAUGGAUAUUGGUUCAAAUGCUGUGCAUAAGGGGCUAACUACAAUAUCAGACUCAAGUACACUGAAAGAGCCAUGGUUCAAGAAGUUUACUAUGUAUGAAUGAUUUAUACUUUAAAUUUAAA